UCGCAGUCUACACACUUCACUCAAAUCAUGUCUGGCAAAGGAAAAGGCGGCCGCGGCAAGGGCAAGGCCAAGGGCUCCGGCGGCGGCACGUCGACGGCGGCCAAGGCGGGCCUCCAGUUCCCGUGCGCGCGCCUCACGCGCUACUUGCGCGGCCGCGCGCCGCGCACCUCCAUGUCCUCGGGCGUCUACAUGGGCGCCGUCCUCGAGUACCUCUGCGCCGAGGUCCUCGAGCUCGCCGGCAACGCCGCGCGCGACAACAAGAAGACGCGCAUCAUCCCGCGCCACAUCCAGCUCGCCGUCCGCAACGACGAGGAGCUGAACAAGCUCCUGGGCUCCGUCGCCAUCGCCGGCGGCGGCGUCCUGCCGAACAUCCACGCGAACCUUCUCCCCAAGAAGUCGCAGUCGAAGAAGUAG